UAAAUAAAAAUAAAAAAAACCCCGCAAAACCCCUGCCUCUUUUCCUCCCUUCCGUUUUCCAUCUCCACCCAUCAAUGGCUACCAGAUCCACCGCACUCCGCCUCGUCUCCCGCCUCCUCCGCCAAACCGCCACCCAUCCACCACCACCACCUCUCUCUCAUCUACACCACCACCACCUCUCUUCCCCGUCUUCAUCACUCCGUCACCCCCAAUUCUCCUUCGCCUCCUUCUCCACCGCCACCUCUCGCCGUCAACCAAAAAAAAUCGACAUCGGAGCACGCGCACGGCAGCUCCAAAAUCGGCGUCUAUGGAGUUACGCUCUCACCUUCUCCGGCGUCGCUGGUUUCGUCAUCUUAGUCCUUAACAAUUUCCAGGAUCAGCUCGUUUUCUACGUCACCCCUACGGAAGCCUUAGAAAAGUUUAAUUCAGAUCCUUCUCGUAAUAAGUUUCGAUUAGGUGGUUUGGUACUUGAAGGUAGUGUUCAUCAGCCUCCUUCUUCCCCUGAAAUGGAGUUCGUCGUCACCGAUCUUAUGACCGAUAUUCUCAUUAGGUAUCAAGGAUCAUUGCCCGACUUGUUUAGAGAAGGUCACUCGGUGGUGGUAGAAGGAUUUAUAAAGCCUUUUACUGAUGAGAUUAAGGCAUCGGGUAUGAGUGGAAAGACCAAGGAAGUGUCGGCAAAAGCGAGGGUUGUAGAGUGUUACUUUUCUGCCACAGAGGUAUUGGCUAAGCAUGAUGAGAAAUACAUGCCUGGGGAAGUUGCUGCUGCUAUUGAGAAAAAUAAGAAAAAGCUUGAUGAGGAGGCAGAGGCAAAGAAGACUGUAGCUGCGUGAAAUUUGUUUUGUGAGUAUGAACUUAUGAAGCUAAUUGGGUUUUUCUUCUCCACCUUUUAAAUUAUACGAUUUGGGAAUUGUAUUGAGUUAAUUUAGGAAAGCCUGAAAGAUGAAUAGGCUCUAUACUUUGGUGUAGUCUGGAUAAAGAGGAAUGGAUGACAUAAACGAAUUUUGAGGAACUAGGAAAUUAGAAUUUUGAUUGAUUCGGCUAUAAUGCCUAUAUUGUAUUCUUCAAUUAACAUAUUGAAUUUCCCUUGGGAUUAGGGCAGGGAUUGUUAUAUUCAUGGAAUGAUGGUGAAUAAAUAUACUUUUUUUUGAGGGAUGGUGAAAAAA